UUGAGACACGGCAACUCUUUCAGCUGAUCGCCUCAAGAAAAUCUUUAAGACGUUUAGCUUACUGUUAACAUUUCACUCUGUCGCUUUGUAUAUUAACGCUUAUGGUUUUCGUUUAAUAUUGUGUUUGCAAAAAUUAAAGUUCGUAGUUACUAAAUGAGUUUUGACCAGCUCAGCUGUGAAGAGCGAGUCAGAUUUUCCAAUAGCUCAUUUAUGAGACGCACGCGAGCUCUUUUUCUUCCUGCUGAUCUACAACAGUCUCUGAGUGUCUGGUCAAUAGCACCAGUAUGCUGCGGUUGCUCCAGGAUAGAAUGAGAUGGACGUGUGUGUCCCGGUGCCUUUUCCUGCUGUACUCAGUGGGCAGCGUAGUGACCGAACUCGAGCUGGACGGCUCGGACCGGGACUGGGACUGGGGUUCUGGAUUACACGAGCUCCUAAACAGCUUUCCAGCAGAUAGUCCUUUUCUCAGAGAGACGCCCGGCCGACCGGCCAACUGCACUCAGCGCUUCUGGCUGCCUCCGUCCUCCCCUGUGUGCUGGGAUGAUAUAGCGGGACCAGAGGAGUUUGAGAAGUCACGCAUCCUUGUGCUGCAGAACAGGGCGGCACUGCAGGCUGUAUCCACAUCCAGUGGUGUCGAGGAAGGGGGGACAUCUUAUGAUCAACAGGCCAGGGACGAUGUGCAGGGCGUCCAGGCUGACCAUCUUGUCGUGACUCAGACUGCCGAUACAAUGCAGAAGGUGUUCAUGGAAUUGGAUGAAAAGAGGAAGGAAGAGAAAGAGCAUUAUACCUUCUCAAGUAUGAAGGAGCAAAUUGAAAUCACGAAAGACUCCAUUGCAAACAAGGAGCAAGUAGCAGCACUUCUGGAGAAACACCUUGCCAAUCUGGAGAGGUCUUUGAACACUAUGCAACUUCGACUGGCCAAACUACUACCCCAGUGAUUUCAUUUGGGCAACACAAGCCCAUGUUAAACGGAUAUGUGAAAAAAUUAAUAAUGCAUGUUUUAUUACCACAUUUAAUCACACAAACAAAAAAAAACAACAUAUAUGACCAUAUACUGCAUGCUAACAGCAUCCUGUACUUCUCUUCCCCCCCUCGUUCUUCAACUCUAUUAAGUGAGUUACUAAGUAGGUACUAGUAAUAAAAUCUAUUUAUACCCCCAGACUAAAGACUUGUACCUUACAAAUUUGUCUAAAAUACCCUGUGAUGAAGAAAAAUGUCACUUACACAACGGUUCAUUUGAUUUUGCAUGUCUGAUUGCAUAU